CAGAGCAUUUGGCAAUCAAGGCUAACUGUGAAUGGGUUGUUAACUGCCCGGAUUACAAUCCUAUGACUGGGGUGGCUGGAAAGGGUGUAAAUUUGGGGACUUACAACACUACCUUCAGCAUCUGUAAUGACUAUGAAUUAUCACUGAACAAAUGGUUGUAACUUAAGGACCACGUGAAGUCUGAUUUUAGUUCUGAUUUUGAAUUGUUAAGAUAGCAUUUACCUUUCGGUAGAAGUGAAAUGAAGGAACAGACAAUGGGAAUACACUCAAGAUAACACUGCUGGACAAGGUGUCUUAUGGCUAUUUCGAGUUGAUUUCUAUCUGCAUAUUUGAUGGUUUUUACAUACAAAGGAUUUAUUUUUUCUUUUGGAUAUACUCAAAAUACAAAAUUGUUUCUUGUUGGAAACUUUUUACUUUUGAAAACUAUACACCAUGGGAGACAUGGCCAACAACUCAGUGGCAUAUAGUGGUGUAAAAUACACCAUAAAAGAUUCUAAUCAUGGAGAUUUUGGUAUUACACUUGAAGAGCUUCGUACACUUAUGGAACUGCGAGCUGCUGAUGCUUUGCAUAAAAUACAAGAAUGCUAUGGAGAUGUAUAUGGAAUCUGUACAAGAUUGAAAACUUCUCCAAAUGAAGGCUUGAGUGGAAAUCCAGCAGAUAUAGAGAGGAGAGCAGCUGUAUUUGGGAAGAAUUUUAUACCUCCUAAAAAGCCAAAAACAUUUCUUCAGUUAGUAUGGGAAGCACUACAGGAUGUUACGUUAAUAAUUUUAGAAAUUGCAGCCAUAAUAUCAUUGGGCCUUUCUUUUUACCAACCUCUGGGAGGAAACGAAGCAUUAUGUGGAACAGUAUCAGUUGGAGAAGAAGAAGAAGACGGUGAGACAGGAUGGAUUGAAGGAGCUGCAAUCCUCCUGUCUGUCGUUUGUGUGGUAUUAGUGACAGCUUUUAAUGACUGGAGUAAAGAGAAGCAGUUUAGGGGAUUGCAAAGCCGUAUUGAACAAGAGCAGAAGUUUACUGUCAUCAGGGGUGGCCAAGUCAUCCAGAUACCUGUAGCUGACAUAGUUGUUGGUGACAUUGCACAAGUAAAAUAUGGUGACCUUUUACCAGCUGAUGGUGUGCUUAUUCAAGGCAAUGACCUCAGAAUUGAUGAAAGCUCGCUCACUGGAGAAUCUGAUCUUGUUAAAAAAGUGUUGGAUCGAGAUCUUAUGAUGCUCUCAGGUACACAUGUUAUGGAAGGUUCUGGAAGAAUGGUAGUUACUGCUGUAGGGGUAAACUCACAAACUGGAAUUAUAUUUACUUUACUUGGUGCUGGAGGGGAAGAUGAGGAAGAAAAAAAGGAAAAAGAAAAAAAAGAAAAGAAAAGUAAAAAACAAGAUGGUGCUAUUGAAAAUCGUAACAAAGCAAAAGCUCAAGAUGGUGCAGCUAUGGAAAUGCAACCUUUGAAGAGCGAAGAUGGUAUAGAUGGAGAUGACAAAAAAAGAAAUAAUAUGCCUAAGAAAGAGAAAUCAGUUCUACAAGGAAAGCUCACAAAGCUAGCAGUUCAGAUUGGUAAAGCAGGGUUGCUGAUGUCUGCUGUUACAGUCAUCAUUCUUGUAUUAUAUUUUGUAAUUGAUACCUUCUGGAUCCAGAAACUUCCUUGGCUUGCAGAAUGUACACCAAUAUAUAUUCAGUAUUUUGUGAAAUUCUUCAUCAUUGGUGUUACUGUUUUGGUUGUGGCUGUUCCAGAGGGUCUUCCACUGGCAGUAACUAUCUCACUGGCUUACUCUGUAAAGAAAAUGAUGAGAGAUAACAAUUUGGUCAGACACCUGGAUGCUUGUGAAACAAUGGGAAAUGCAACAGCCAUUUGCUCAGAUAAAACAGGAACCCUGACGAUGAACAGAAUGACAGUGGUCCAGACAUAUAUUAGUGAAAAGCAUUAUAAAAAAAUUCCUGAAGUGCAAGCUAUUCCUGAUAAAACCUUAUCAUAUCUUGUAACAGGCAUCUCUGUUAAUUCUGCUUAUACUUCCAAAAUCUUGCCUCCUGAAAAGGAAGGUGGCCUUCCUCGCCAUGUUGGUAAUAAAACUGAAUGUGCCUUGCUGGGAUUCCUUCUGGAUUUGAAACGAGAUUACCAGGAAGUUAGAAAUGAAAUACCAGAAGAGGCACUCUAUAAAGUCUACACCUUCAACUCUGUUAGAAAAUCUAUGAGUACUGUGUUAAAGAACUCAGAUGGCAGUUUCCGGAUCUUCAGCAAGGGUGCUUCAGAGAUAGUACUUAAAAAGUGUUUCAAGAUACUCAGUGCUACUGGUGAACCAAAAGUAUUCAGACCAAGAGACCGUGAUGAUAUUGUAAAAACUGUUAUAGAACCUAUGGCAUCAGAGGGACUCAGAACAAUAUGUCUAGCAUUCCGAGACUUCCCAGCUGGAGAACCUGAACCAGAAUGGGAUAAUGAAAAUGAUAUUGUCACUGGUCUUACAUGCAUUGCUGUUGUAGGCAUUGAAGAUCCUGUGAGACCUGAGGUACCAGAUGCAAUUAAAAAAUGCCAGCGUGCUGGUAUAACUGUCCGUAUGGUUACUGGUGACAAUAUUAACACUGCUCGUGCUAUUGCAUUAAAAUGUGGUAUUUUGCAUCCUGGCGAAGACUUCUUAUGCCUGGAAGGCAAGGAAUUCAACAGACGAAUACGUAAUGAAAAAGGAGAGAUAGAACAGGAGCGAAUAGACAAAAUUUGGCCAAAACUUCGAGUACUUGCAAGGUCUUCUCCCACUGACAAACAUACACUGGUGAAAGGAAUAAUUGAUAGCACAGUGUCAGAACAAAGGCAGGUUGUAGCUGUGACUGGUGAUGGAACCAAUGAUGGCCCAGCAUUAAAAAAAGCAGACGUUGGCUUUGCUAUGGGCAUUGCUGGAACUGAUGUAGCUAAAGAAGCCUCUGAUAUUAUUCUUACAGAUGACAAUUUCUCAAGCAUUGUUAAAGCAGUUAUGUGGGGGCGAAAUGUGUAUGACAGUAUCUCCAAAUUCCUUCAGUUCCAGCUUACUGUUAAUGUAGUAGCUGUAAUUGUUGCUUUCACAGGAGCAUGUAUUACACAAGACUCUCCACUUAAAGCUGUUCAGAUGUUAUGGGUAAAUCUCAUAAUGGAUACCCUAGCUUCACUUGCUUUGGCAACAGAACCCCCCACAGAAUCACUUUUGCUGAGAAAACCUUAUGGUAGAAACAAACCUCUCAUCUCACGGACCAUGAUGAAGAAUAUUCUGGGUCAUGCUUUCUAUCAGCUUGUGGUUGUCUUCACACUGUUGUUUGCUGGUGAAAAAAUAUUUGAUAUUGAUAGUGGAAGAAAUGCACCUCUUCAUGCUCCUCCUUCAGAGCACUACACAAUUGUGUUUAAUACAUUUGUGAUGAUGCAGCUAUUUAAUGAAAUAAAUGCCCGAAAAAUUCACGGUGAAAGGAAUGUAUUUGAAGGAAUUUUCAAUAAUGCUAUAUUCUGUACUAUAGUUCUUGGAACAUUUAUUGUACAAAUAGUUAUUGUGCAGUUUGGUGGGAAGCCUUUCAGUUGCUCUGAGCUUACAGUAGAACACUGGCUGUGGUCAAUUUUUCUAGGAAUGGGAACACUUCUUUGGGGCCAGUUGAUAUCAACUAUUCCAACCAGUCAUUUGAAAUUCCUUAAAGAAGCUGGCCAUGGAACACAAAAGGAAGAGAUUCCUGAGGAAGAGUUAGCAGAAGAUGUGGAAGAAAUUGAUCAUGCUGAAAGAGAGCUAAGGCGUGGUCAGAUCUUAUGGUUUAGGGGUCUAAACAGGAUACAAACUCAGAUCCGAGUGGUGAAUGCAUUUCGUAGUUCCUUAUAUGAAGGAUUGGAAAAACCUGAGUCCCGAAGUUCAAUCCACAAUUUUAUGACUCAUCCUGAGUUUAGAAUAGAAGAUUCUGAAACUCAUAUUCCACUUAUUGAUGAUACUGAUGCUGAAGAUGAUGCUCCAACAAAACGUAACUCAACUCCUCUUCCACCAUCACCCAACAAAAAUAACAAUGCGGUUAACAGUGGAAUUCAUCUUAUGACAGACUUGAGUAAGUCUGCUACCUCUUCAUCCCCAGGGAGCCCACUGCAUAGUUUGGAAACAUCACUCUGAUUGUAUGCUGAAUGUUAACACACUAGCUGCAUUUAAAGAAACACACUGAAACUGGGCUUUCUCCCUCACUAUGAUGGACAAGAUGGUAUUCUUGUCUUGGACUUCAACAAGAAGAUAAAAUUGUACGAAUGUAGAUUUAUUUUUUUAAAAAGAAGCUUUCUGCCAGACUUCAGGGUGCUUUUCUGGGGGAGGGGAAAGUGGGAGUAAUAAUGAACUCUGACAGAUAAACAGUAACUUGCUUAUGUGUCCUGUGGAUCAUUAGCUGUACUUAAGAAUGGCCCGUAAGAAUGUCUUACCAGAACUUAUGUUCUUAAUUCCUUUGAUGAGAGGGCUGGAUUGGGCAGGAGAGCCCAGGGUCACCAAAUUUAUAAUUUUCAUUUCUGCUCUCAGCUGUUGAUAAUUUGAAUUAUUUAUGUUUAUAAAUAAUGCAGAUCUGUUUACAAGGUUUGUAGAUAAUUUUUUUGUUCCUGUUCAGAGAUGGGAAGUUUCCUUAUAAAUGAUGUAGAAAAAAUUAGUCCAUCAAAUACUGCUGUAUUUUCAGGAAAGGGUGUUUCUAUUGAAACUGUACUAAAAAUUUUGCCUGCAACCUAUCUUGUUAAAUAUUGUAGAUAAAAUUGCUACUACUAAUAGCCAACAGGUAACACUAAUGCUUUGUAAAAAGAAAAAGAAAAAAAAAACAUGAGCAAUGGUGUUCUAAUGAAGUUAUGGCCUCUGUCCUAAUUAGUUUCUUAAACAUUUACUACUUAAUGGUUUUGAAACAAUUGUAA